AUGACUUCGAAAAUCCCCGUGCUUGCUUUCUUCACAGUCUUAGCAGCGGCUAGAACCUUCAGCGGUGCUGACCUCGACUUUGGCGAACUGAAUCAGACCUUCACGGCUCCCACGAUAAACCACGCUGUAAAGGUUCCAAUCGGCAACAAAAAUUUCAGUCUCAAUGUCAUGAUCGCCGAAUUCGAACCUCCAGCCAACACAACAACAGAUCUCCAAAAUCCUCGCGUGGCAGCCACCAUCUACGAACUAUCCUGGCCUUGGAAUACAACGAUUAACGAAACACUAAAGACUUUCGAAGGUGUUGAAGAGCCGAGAUUUUGUGUUUCUAUGCCCUUGGGACCUAUUCCUGAUUCUGUAACCAAGGCGUAUAAGGAGACUGAUCUCGGUGAUUGUACGAAUGCGUUGGGGGAGCAGUGUACGAGAGACCUCAAGAAUCAAGGGUUCGCUCCGGACGUAGGAUGCAAUACUCCCAUCCCAGAGAGCUGCUCGGGGAAGUUGGGUAGCGGCAGCAUCGGUAGUGCUCCAUUGCUCAAUAUUGAGCAGAAGUAUUACAGCGCUUACGAGAAAAGCGAAGCACGAUUUGCUUACACGACUUCUGAGAUUUAUUCGGCUGGGAACGAUACGCUGUUCCAGCAUGAUGUGCAGCGUCUUCAUGUGCUGCUUUUUACCAGCAGUGGAAGCGCCCCUAUCUGCGUCCGGGUUGCUGAUCACAAGGUUUCUGGUGCAAUGGCUAAACCAGGUGGAAGCAUGUGCUUUGUUGCAUUAUUGGCCCUCGGCGCCAUGCUAUUCAUGCUUUGA